AUGACGAGGGGGGUGAGCGAUGAAACGCAAAACCACCACAAGAGAGGCGAAGAGGAGGGAGAGCGAUUUUCUUCUUCUCGCUCUUCUCCUUUGGUGGUGAAAGAAAGAUGUUUUGACUUUACCAUCUCGGGAAGAAAAGAUGAUGGGGAUUUAGCAGAAACGACGACAUGGGACAUUCCGUGUGGCGUUGACUUUCACGAGUGGCAACGCGCGUCCGCGUUGGCGAAGAGGGAUUUUGAGAGAAAGGAAAAGGAAAAGAGUAAGAAUGAAAUUUUCGCGGAGGAGGAGGAAAGAAAGAGCGUCGUGCCGAGGUUAUCUCGGCCGCCGCAUCGGGUGUUAGAGACGCUCGAAGAGGAAGAGGAGGAGGAGGAGGUGUGGGCGAAGGAGGAAGCGGUUGAAGAAGUUUUAAAGGAUAAAAGACGUCACGAGGACGACGCAAUUCAGGAGAAGAAGAAGACGAUUGAAGACGAGAAGACGAUGUUGAGAGAGAAAUUGCGGAAGGAGAAGAUGAAGAACCGAGUGAUGGAGAGGAACGUAAAAGCUGAAGCGGUUGCGUUGGCGAGGAGGAUUUUAGCCGAGGAGAAGAGGAGGACGGAAACGGCGCGCGCGAAGAAGAAAAUGAUGGGAGGCGAAGCGAAGAGCAGCGCUGUGCAGUUACACGAAGUAAAUGAUGAGAAAAAGAAAAGUAUGAGCAAAGCAUCGACGCGCAUUGAUUUUGAAAAACGAUACAGCGAGCGAACGGAAGAGAUGAAGCAAAGAAAAGAAGGUCGAAGAUCUAUCGUCUCGGAUGUCUCGGAUGACGUCGAAAGAGAAUCGAAUAAAAAAAAGCCUGAAUGGAACGACUCUUUCGCGACGGAGCGGUUCGAGAGGUUCCCGGAUGCGCCCGUGCGUAGUCCGGUGACUGUUGAAGAGCUCCGGAGACGCGAAAAAGAAAAACGAAAAGAAGCUUUGCAUAAACCAUUCUCGCAUUCAUCCGCGCACAUUCUCUCGACCGCGAAAAACACCGCGCGCAAAUCGAGAAGCUCGACUUCUUCGUCCUCUUCGCUCACGUCGGUGGUCAACUCGCGUCGAAUAUUCGGAUGA